ACCUCAAUCACCACUUAGUCACGAAUGACCACCUCGGGCUUCAUGACAUCCCUCACCACGCCCUCACGACUGCCAUGUCCGUCGACCUCAACUGGGAGACGCUGACGAGCGGGCCUGACGGCGACGCCCUCGCGGAGCGCAUCCGCACCUUCAUCCACGACAAGUUCCAGACGGUGCCGCUGCCGCGCUUCAUCCGCAGCGUCAACGUCCAUGGCUUCGACUUUGGCAAGAUCCCGCCCGAGCUGGAGCUCAAGGACAUGACGGACCCGCUGCCGGACUUUUACGAGCAUGAGCUGGACGAUGACGACGAGAGCGACGAGGAUUGUGACGACGACGAUGAAGGCGGGGAGCAGCAGCAGGAUGCGUUGACGGCGGCGGCGGCUGUCGCUGCUGCCGCCGCCGCCGCAGCAGCGGGAGCGACGCAGGGUGCUCGUGGCAGCAGAAGAAGGAGCAGGCCGCCAGGCAGCUUGCGGACUACGGGGCUGAGGGGCGAGUUCGACAUGGGGAGCCCGUUCCUGGGCACGUCGACGCCGGGGAUCCUCGGCGGGCCGGGGCGCAACUACUUCCAGGGCCACCUCGGGACGGGGACGCACACGCCGCUGGCCGCGGUGGCGGGCGCGCAGCAGCGCGGAAACGGGGGCUGGAUGGGCGGCGGCGGCAGCGGCUCUUUGUCACCGGCACUUGCGAGCUACGACGACGAUGAGUAUGGCUAUGACUACGACGGUGACGGCGGUGGUGGUGCGGCGGCCAUCCGUGGGUUCGGCGCGGGCCACCAUUACCACCACCACCACGGGCGGCAUCCGUCGCAAAGCAGCGUGAUCUCCUCGGUGGACAACUUCCUCGAGCACCCGGAGCACCCCGCCGCGCAGGCCCUCCGCGAGAAGUCGAGCGUGUCGACACUGGCGCCCACAUCGGUGGGCACGUCGCGGCCCCCGACACGGGACGCGGGGCACCUGAACGAGUCGGCUAUCGUCGAUGAGCACGAAGACGACAGUGGCGGCGGGGGUUCUGCUGAGGCGGCGCCCGCGCAUGGCGACGGACAACAGCAACAACAGCCGCAGCCGCGGAGGGAGCCGCGCGUCGAGGACGUGCAGGCCGUGUUCCGGAUCCGCUACGCGGGGGACGUGCGGCUCAACCUGACGGCCGAGAUACUGCUCGACUACCCGAUGCCCAGCUUCGUGGGGAUCCCGCUCAAGCUCAACAUCACGGGCCUGUCGUUUGACGGGGUGGGCGUGCUGGCCAAGAUUCGCAAGCGCGUGCACUUUUGCUUCCUGAGCCCCGAGGAUGCCAUGGCAGCCAUCGGGCCGGACGAUGACGAUGAUGACGAUGAUGACGAUGACGACGGCCACCGCGCAAGCAGAACUAAUGCUGCUGCUGCUACUGCCGCUACGAUUACGCCCGGCACGAACGGCUCUGGCGGUGGAAAGGAUGCCAGGGACCAACAUCACCAGCAUCAACAACACCAGCAGAACCAGCGUCCGCAGCACAAGGGCAGGGUCGGCGGCCUCCUACAGGAGAUUAGGGUGGAAAGCGAGAUUGGUGAGCGCGAGGGCGGCAAGCAGAGCCUCAAGAACGUGGGCAAGGUGGAGCGGUUCGUGCUGGAGCAGGUGAGGAGGAUAUUCGAGGAGGAAUUUGUGUAUCCCAGCUUCUGGACGUUUUUGGUAUGAUGAGUAUGAUGACGAUGGCUUGGGGGCGGCGCACAACAGGGUUGAUGACAUUGCUUGGGCGCAUUGGGUUGCUCAUAAGGGGGCCUCCCUUAUGUUCGAUAUUAAUACAUGUACUAAGAGCGAUGUAUCGCCUCAGUACAGAGGCUCUUUGUCACUUGUCGCAAGUUAUGUGUCUGUUGAAGGCGGCAUUCAUUGUUCAUGGACGCAGGGCUGUACAAGUAAACCCCCAAAGCAAAAUCUAAUC